AUGGCUCCGUCAUCCGGUGGCAUGGCACGCGACUACUUGAACAAGUUCCGUUUUCUACUUCAAUCGACUCCUGAACUUUCCCUACCCAAAGUUCCAGAGAAGCCACAAGUUCCAUACUACGCCGUUUGGGUUGACGGUCGUAAGUUGCGGUUUCCCUUUGAGAAGGGCGACCUCUCUGGUGCUACACCUUUGUGGAAAAUCCAUGCCAUUUUGGCACAACGGAAACAUGCAGUGAUGAGGGAAGUCCUUCAACCUUGGUUGUGGGACCACACACAUGUUCCGAGCGAAAUUGCACAUGCCGACCAUGAUUCUGCCUGCCAUGACUUUGAGAGAGAUGGGCGAGACCUUUUUCUCUGCAGCUGUUUGUGGCGACGAGGACAUUCGUAUGGUGUGUGCCUUGAGACCGGCCAUUUUGGCCGCCCAACCAGGUUCUUCGAGGAGGACCUAGCCUGCAGCAAGGAGCGGGCGUUUGCGAACAAAUACGUUCAGGACGAUCAGGAUGCUGACGCCGACCAUGGGGGCGAUCCUUGCCCCCACUCCGCCUCCCUUGGAGGCCCGUUGGCAGAUGACUUUGACAAGGGUAAGGACAGUGGCACCGUCACUGCACACUGCCCCACUCUGGAAAUGGUUGCAAAAGCCUUCUUUCAGAGCAGCCUGGGUGCCUGGAUCGCGUCGACCCAGGCAAUCUGCGAUGGUAGCGGCCAGUCCCUCUCCCUGACCAAGGCGAUUCCGCCGAAGGACUACAGCGAGCACGCCGAGCCGAACCGGAAUUACCUGUUCCCUGGCGGCGACUGUGGUAGCGAUGAUGGCCGCCUGUACGACGACAAUUGCGAGCAUGAAGGUGACCAGCCCUGGCUCCAGAGAGUUCUUCUUUGCCGCCAAGGUGUAGGAGUAGAGAGUGAAAAUUUCAAGAACGAUGACAAGACCCGCGAAGGGCAAAGAAGUGAGUUUACGGCCAGCCCCAUCCCCUGUGAAAACUGGUCGAAACAAGAAAAUGAAGAGCCCGCGAGGCCACUCCCGAGCCCUAACCCGCCACCGGCCCGUUCUGGGCCCCCUUUUGGUAGCUUCAACUGUUGCCAUGGCAAGCGGCGGGAUGGACUCGGCGGCCAGAGCUUCAUCGACUUCGGCGACGGCGUUGUGGGCUCAAGACGGGACUCCAAGACGACGAUCGUCUGGGAGGACAACCAAGAUGCAGGCAGUCACGCCCUGCAGGAACCUGGCGCGCCCGACCGAGCAUGCUGUGCCAUAGCUUGUGGCUGUUUUGCCAAGACGACGGACGCAGGACACAUGAUCACUGUGACGGUGCAGUUGUGUGGGAAGACACUUGUGAUGCAGGAUUUCAAGUCCCGUGGGCUUCGGCUGGGAGCCCCUCCGGAGGACUUGUGCAGGGCACCUGCUUGGCAAGGUGUCACUCAUGCCAACAUCGACAUCACUGCUGCCAGUGACCAGUGCUUUGACUUGUCGAUCAGGAGCCCUGACCUCCUGAAGCCGCGACAUGUUGAAGGCACCGAGUCCCAGGACCCGGGAUUUCUUCAGUGCAUUUGUGAGGCUGCCACGUGGGUCGGGUAUGCCCUGCCCUUGGCCUGUAUCCCCCGACUGCAAGCUUGUUGGUCGCCUUUCGUUGGGGUGCGUGUUGGAGAAGCAAGUCACCCAGGCCCCAAGGGGUCCGAGGGUAAGAGUGGCUUUAAUCUUGAUGUUGGCAGCCUUCUGGGGCCUGAUUUUGCAGCGACUAUUCGCUCUUUCAUCGAAGCGGCCGUUCAAAAAGCCAUCCAGGAGGCUCUGCAGGGACUUUCCCUUGGAGGCAAAGGCGGCCACGACCCUGAGCAGCCAGGCCCCAAACGCCGUAAGCGCAAUCACGGCAAAGGUGCUGCAGCUGCCGCGGGUGAGGACUCGGGUGGGCAUUCUGGAGCUCUUGCUGCUCCGACAGACCCAGGCUCCUCGAAUGCCAAAGGCAAGGCCAAAGGUGGUGACAAAGGAGUCGGCAACACUCCGACUUCGGGCACGGCUGGGAAAGGCCGGGGCAAGGAUGCUGGAAAGCCAAUUGAAUCGGGCCGCGGGCGAGGCAAGGGCGACAGCGCUCAUGGCAAAGGCCAGCCCACCGGCGCAAGCGCGCCUGAUGAUGAGUGGCAAACGGUCAGCCGUCAUAAGCCCCAGGCCCCGUGGCGUUUGAGGUCUUCUGACUGGACUGCUCCUGCAGUUAUUUUCGACGAGGUUGCUGGUCAACUCGAAGGUUCCACCGGUACCUAUAAAGCUGUUGUUCUGUGUGGGCCGGGACAAGCUGACUUGCUUGCUACACUGCUUUUAGGGUCCAAGCGGCCCCAUGGAGUCAUUGCCGUUACGCCCGACGAUCCCGAGGCCUCUGCGAGAUGUCCGGGCGAAGCCGGCAACCAGUGUGCUUUCAGACAGGUUCGCUAUCACCACAUUAGCACGCCUGGAGUCGAUCUCCCGGGCCCAAAGGUCGCUGCGGCUAAGGCUCAGAAAGUCGUUGCAGCAAAAACUGUUGUUCUUUACGCCAGGAUCUACAAGAAGUUCGUUCCAAAGGCCACCUGGAAAGACGUUCUUGUCAGCCCCCAGAGGGCCUUCCAUUGCUGGAUUGCGCAACAACACCUUAAGGUUCAGGAUAGCUGGGGAUGGGCCAAGGAGCAGGCUCAGGGUGAAGACUACAAAGUCUACGGACUGUUCAGGGUGCCAGAGGCUGAGGUCACCGCUUUUGUAGCCAUGAGUGGGCGAGAUGGUUUCUUCAUUGACCCGCCGCGAUGGACACCCUUCCCUUCCUUUCUUGUGCAAUGGGCUGAGAAAGAGCCCAAAGAAACUGACCUUGAUUUUCUGCAGCGAGUUCGCACCAUUGAGGCCCCCUUUGGCAUCGUCGUUGGGCGGCGGGGCCUGGGUAAACGCAUCCCCAGGGAUGCCAGCCAGGCGAUUACUCGAACAUGGAUGCUCGAACAUGCGCCUUUCGACUGGAGUGCGGCUCAGGCACUUGAGGCCGUAUCGACCAUCUUCACUGAGGUGACCAUGACCCGCCAGCAGCGCACACGCAAGGGCAUCAACUUUUUCUUCCGUGCUGAACACACCACAGAUCAUGACGUUGUUGCCCUGCCCUUCGAAGACGGGACGAACACCGAGAUCCUUUGGUGCAGGUGGGCACCGGUUAGGGCCCGACCACAGGCCCAGACCAUCCGCACUAACGGCUCCUGGUCCUUGCUCCCGCCUAAGGACCCCUUCAGCGACACUACCAAAACCGCUCAAGUUGCACCGCAGCUGCAGGACGAUGAUGAGGAGGCCGGUGAUGCCGAGGUCUCGACCACGCCUGCUUCCGAAGCCGCCAAGGAGACUAAAGAGGUCACCGACAAGGAGACCAAGCGAGUCGCCCCAAGAAAGGGCCCCGGAGCGGUCAAACGGGCUUGUACUGAAACCCGAGCCCUGCCCAAAGGAGUUGAAUUACAACCGGCUCCCACCGAUGGCAAUUGCCUUUUCCAUGCUGCCUCUGCAGCUCUCGCACAUGUUCUUAAGGCCGCUCCGGAACCCCACAACGUUCUUCGCGCAAAAGUCGCGCAACACUUCAAGAAACAUGCGGACCGUUACGAGCUGACCUGGGACAAGGAGCUCCCCAACAAAACUGUUGGGGAGUCGUUCCAAAAGUACAUCGAUGCAAUAUCCGUUGUUGACACUUGGGCAGGUCACCUUGAAUUAGCAGCCUUGGGGCGAAUUUUUGACGUGAAGUUCGUCAUUUACCCCACUUCCCCCGAGCUUGCUGUCUGCGCUGUUCAUGCUCAACAACGCAAAAGGGUAGUUGCUUUGGCCUUCAACGGGAGUCAUUACGAAUGGCUCCGGCCCACGGGGAAAUUGCCACAGGAGCUUUGUGACGUUGCCACAGCACCUCCCAAAGUGCCGAUGAGAGGGGGCGGCAAAGCUCUCUCCGACGUGCCUAGUGCCACUGGGUCGCGUCGGACUGCUUGGACCUCGAAUUCUGAAGUUGGGAGUGCCCGCUCUGUGUGGACGCCGGCAGAGACUAUUGUUAGUUCCUGCCAAGCGUCGGUCUGGACCGCCGGGUCCAACAAAGGCUCCGGCUUCAGCUCUGCGGUCUCCGUGCAGCCUGCAGCUUCUUCUGCCCCUGCCCUUGGUAGCGCAGAGCUUGAUGACCUUGUUUGCCCUGAAGCCACUAAGCUGCCCACCGACCGACAGAUCAAAUACUGGGGCAGAGCCGGGUGGCGGGUUGGCCGCAAUACAGAGGUCGUUUGCCCUCUGUGUCCUUUCCGUGCCGUUGCCAAAAAUGCUGGUGCUCGCAAGUCCAUUCUCUAUGGGCACUACAAGACCCAUCAUCCCGGCAAGGUUCCAUCCGGAGUUGUGCAUGGCGCCAGGCAGCCUACCCUGAUCAAGAGAAGUAAGGGAACCGCUUUGCAUUGGAAGUGUCCUCUUUGCACAUUCGGCAUUGCUGCUCGGGACGCCUUCGCUAAAGGCGCUGACGCUGUUACGGCUGACAAGCGAGCGCACUGCACGCAAGCACACCCCGAAACCUCUUGGAGUCGGUUCAAGGCCAUCGACAGGGCUCAGGUUAUCGACAAGGCUGCUGUCACACGUCGUGGCCGUGAGUGCUUGCGGCGCCUUAGCACCGCAAAAGGUACCGAGCUCGAGGGAUUCAGGCUCUUUUGUUGGCCCUACGCCACCCCUGCGAAGACAUUUGCAAUCACUGCCGGCAUCCGGUCCGGCUUUGGCUGGAUGUGUCUUUCAUGUUUCGGCCCUUACCGAUCUCCCAAGGAUGCCAUUGCUCACGUCCAGAAAGGCAAUUGCCAGCGUGCUCUCGCGCGCAGCAAGGCAAAACGUCGCAUCGCCGCCAUCGACAAGCUUGCCAAAGUCCAUAGUAAGCGAGCCCCGGCCGGGACCAAGAAGCAGAGGGAGAGCAAUUUACUCCAGCAGGCACGUGAAAUCUUUCAGUUGCCGCUUUCAUCCGAUUAG